AUGCGGUCUAUUAUUCCGCUGACGGCUCUACUAUGUUCCAUAGCCUUUAUUCUUCCAUCAGAUGCCAAUAAAUUCGAUCAAAUAAAGGAGAUCUACAGCAAUCCCUUGGCACAUGGAUUUGGUGAGGACAUUGACUGGGUACCGUGGGAAGAUGCCAUCGAAAAGGCCUUGGACACAAACAAACCAAUCUUCCUGCUCAUUCACAAGACAUGGUGCCAUGCUUGUAAAGCACUCAAGAAGACUUUCCAACAAUCAAACGCUCGUAAGGCAUUCAAGAAGCUUUCGGAGUAUUUCGUCAUGGUGAACACUGAAGAUGAUGAGGAGCCAUUUGAAGAGGAAUACCGACCAGACGGAAAGUACAUCCCAAGGCUUUUGUUCCUCGGUAUGAAUCGAUUCGAUCGAUAUAUUACGGUACCACUGAUUAGUAGCAUUGUUUACUUGUUUACAGACAAAAAUGGUGAUCUUCUCGAUCAGUUCAAGAACAAGAAAGCCGAAUACAAAAAUUACGCCUACUACUACUCAUCACCGGCUGAUAUCAUCAACUCGAUGAAGGAUGUCUUACGAUUCUUCGAAAUUGAGGUGAUAACGCACUACUGGUUAAUUACGGUAAUAUAA